AUGCCUACAAAGGGAUCAAUGCAAGCGCGGGGUAUUGUGUACUUCAGUAAGGUUCUCGCCGUUGAUCUCCUCAACCCCUCCCCGGCCGCCGAGGCCCGCAAGCACAAGCUCAAGACCCUUGUGCCUGCCCCCCGCUCCUUCUUCAUGGACGUCAAGUGCCCCGGUUGCUUCACCAUCACCACCGUCUUCUCCCACGCCCAGACCGUCGUCAUCUGCCAGGGAUGCACCACCGUCCUGUGCCAGCCUACCGGUGGUAAGGCCAGACUCACUGAGGGCUGCUCCUUCCGCAGAAAGUAA